UACGUUCAGCAUAGGUCGGAUUAUUUCCCAUGCUAAAUAAGCAUAGUAAAAUUACAACAGCAGUAGUAGAUUUACAAGAAGUUUAGUGAGAACACUACAAACUAGUACUUUUACAUCGCGGAACGAAGGAAUUUUUACUAGAGAAAUAGUAAAUCCACUAAAGUCAUUUUUUACUGUGUAUAUAGCUUUAGGUCCCAUGAUAAAUUAUGGCGGGCGCUCAGGAGCCAUCUGUAAUCGCUAGAAUUGAAAAUGGAAUUCAAAAGGUAUUUUUGAACAGACCAGGGAAAAAAAAUGCGAUCAACCGGCAGAUGUACCGUGAAUUAACGAGACUUUUGGCUGAAUCAGCCAUUAAUGAAGAGGUCACUUUGUUUGCCAUUACUGGUAAUGGAGAUUUUUAUAGCAGUGGCAACGAUUUCAUUAGUUAUGUCAUGGAAGAAACGCUUGGAGUGGAUGACGAAACGGAAAUAUUAAGUAAAUUUGUUGAACAAUUGAUUUAUUAUCCUAAACUUUUGGUGGCAAUCGUUAACGGCCCUGCUAUUGGAAUAAUGUGUACUACUUUGGCACUAUUUGACAUUAUUUAUGCAUCAGAAAAGACUUAUUUCCUAACUCCUUUCUGUAAACUAGGAUUAUCACCAGAAGGAUGUUCAUCUUAUACAUUUCCAAGAAUAAUGGGGCCGUCUAAAGCAGGGGAAAUGUUAUUUUUUGGGGAAAAGUUGAAUGCUCAAGAGGCAGCAAGAAUUGGCUUUGUUAGCAAAGUGUACAAGUCUGAUGCUGUGAAGGAAAUAUGGGCACAUUUAGAUAGAAUUUCUACUCUAUCCAAAGAGAGCUUGAUUUCAACCAAAAGUCUACUCAGUCGCUGGAAUCGCGAUAUGCUUUUAAAGGUGAAUGAACAAGAGCUAUCUAAUCUCAAGAAUUUCUACAACUCGCCAACUCUCAUAGAAAAUAUGAUGAAACUCAUGGCAAAAAAGAGUAAAAUAUAGGUAUUCUUUCAAACCAAUAAUUAAAUAAAGAAUAUGUGUAUAAAAUUACGGAUUUCUGAUAACUUUAUGAAAUAGACAACAUUUUUUACGAAGUUUUUUAUAAGUGGGCAUGGAAAAUUGUAUAUUUUUUUACCUUGUUACAAUAGCCAAUGCGACGAUGAUUGGCUUCACU